AGUCACAUCUAUAAGAUAUGUGCGGACCCCUGCAUACCGGAAUUAAAAUGAAAAUACCAGUUUAUAGCCGAUGAGCGCAUUCUUUAAGAGCAAACAAAUAAAUAAGCACACAUAAAUUACUUCAACUAAGGUCUUGCUCUUAAGAAAAUACCCCUUACUACGCGACACAUUAUACUGCGAACUCAGAGUCCAAUACUCCAAAUUUGUCAUAUGAGGUGACAUAGAACCUACCACGCACACACGCAGCCACGUCGAAAAACUAAGCGAGGGAGUAGCAGUUGACUCAACCGACUUGUUCGCCCAAAAGCCUGCAGUAAGAGAAACUGCGAUAGCCAGAUGGGGAGCAGCUAUGCGGAGAGCGCCAAAAUGUGAGCGAUAACCUAACAGCGUAUUUGGGUACGAUCGUGUUAGCAACAGGCGCAAAUGCAGCUCUGAGCAAAAAUCUAUGGGGCGCACACUCAUUUCGGGGCUGCAUGUGCUCGUGUGCUCGCCUGGGCUGCCGCUUUUGCUCAUAUAAUACCCAAGUGCGGAGCUACGGACCAGUCAGAAGCGUGUCACAUUCGUACGUGAGAGUUUAGUAGCGAAUCAAGCGAGCUGAUUUUAUAUAUUCAAGUACAUAUUUUCCAAGUAAAAGACUGUGCAAUUUCAAAAGCAAGUGCAUAAAACCUAAAAAAAAUAAUAAUAAUUUGAAAAGCUUCCUGGUUCAAGUGUGAAAUAUUUCAAAGUGUUUAAAGCAAAAAGUUUUUAAAAUAAAAUUUAAAAAAUUUUAAAAUGGCUGCAAGUGCGAACGAAAUCAAAUCUAUUGUGGCUCCGGCGAACGGCACAGUUGCCAUCGAACAGGCCAAAGAUGUGCAGAAUCUUUUGCCGCAUUUAGAAUCGCUGGAGCGUAUUAUAAAGUUGCCGGUUGUGGGCGCGGCCUGGGACAAGAGUCAGGAUGUCUACCAAAAUGUCAAAGGUCGUAAUCGUGUCUUUAACUGGGCGCUCAAUGCCGCCGAGGAUUGCGUCUCACGCGCCGUCGUCACAGCUGCACCGAUUGUCUCGAAACUGGAUCGUCCCAUACAGUAUGUCGAUCAGACGCUCGUCAAGGGUAUUGACAAGCUGGAGGUGUCCGCACCCAUUAUUAAAGACACACCACAGGAAAUUUACAAUCAAGCUAAAAACAAAGUGGUCGAAGUCGUGCAACCACAUAUUGAACGUGUGACGAAAUUCAAAACAGCUGGCCAACAGAAGGCGGCGUCUCUGAAGGAUUUGGCAUGGGCCAAGGCUAAUGAGGUGUUGGCUACGCAGUAUGGCAGUCUAGCGGUUUCGGGCGUUGAUACCACAACCGCUUUGGCGGAGCGUCUGCUCGAAUACUAUUUCCCCAAAGGCGAAGGCGAUGUCGAGGAGGAUAAUGAUAAUAAACAAAUUGCUGUCGCGCAAAAUGGCAAACACGUUGAAAAUGACAUCGAUCAACAAGAUGUUGAACUCGAUCUAAGAUUCUUAGUAGCUGCCUCCACUGUAUUCCUAUCAAUGUCGUUCCGCAUAAUUAGCGAGCUUGUAGACUAUGUUAGUCGAAAUCCUGAAAUAAUAAAUUUAAUCAAUAGGGAAAUUAACAAUUUUAUGUACCAGUUUCCGCCACCGAGGACCCCGUACUCCACACAGUACAGACUGUUGGCCGACUCUCCCACAAGAUCUCGCGUCGUGUCUAUCAGAACGUAUCCAGACAAAUCAAGCGAAUGCAAAAAGGAAACAUAAAUGACUAUCUGAGCUCACUCAUCGCCGCAUUGAAAUUACAUCAAUACAUAAAUUUCAUCAACUCAUCGAUGGGCACAAAUGUCGAGCAGUCAAUUACUGACGUUAGUGCCAACAGCAAUAACACAAACGUUGCCAUAGCAAACAACAGCAACAAGACUACACCAACAACCUCAACGGCAGUACCGGCCGUCCCGGCGACGCCGAUCACGCCCGCAACAGCAUCGUCUACAUCGCCCAACACCGCGUCGGCGACAAAGCGUACCAAUCAGAACAGGUCGUCAAAUUCAACGCCGCCAAAGGCGAACUAAGCCAUAAAAAAAUAAAAUAAUAUAAAUAUUAAUAUAUAAUUUAAAAAUAAUACUUGAAUUGAGUAGAGUUUGAAGCAAAUGAAUUCGCGUAAAUAUUUUAAUAAAAUUUAAAUUUUUAAAAUAUUUUUUAUGCAAAAGUCAGCAGCAAACGUUGAAGAAGUUUUCCUUUAAAAAUUUAUAUAAAUAUUAUUUAACGUGUGAAAGUGUUAAUGUUAGACGGAAUUAGGUGCCACAUAUGAGGCGAAGUAUGUGGGAGGGCCAUGGAAACUCUCUCCGCUUUGUUGGCAAAAAAUCACGAAAAUCAAAACUCCACACAUAACUUACAUAAGCAUAGCACCGCCUAAUCUUCUACACCUACGCAUAUAUAUAUAAUAUAUAUAUUUGUAUAUCUGUCUACUUUUAGGCGUUAAGCUUUUAAUUUAAACAAUUAGUUAUUGUAUAUGAUAAUUAUAUACAAAUAUUUGUAGUUUAGCUGCGCUAAAGAUACAUAAUACAUACAUGCAACAUAAAUAUAAAUAUAUUGCUUAAGUACAUACAUACUUACACGCAUAAACUUUCACACAAUUUCUUUCGAAAUAUAUUUUUUCCAACUACAUAUUUUUCUGAGAGAAUAUUCAUCAACGUAUUUUAACUACAUAUUUAUGUAUAACUUCAUAUAUAUAUACGAGUAUAAUUACAUAAUGAUUACAUUAAUAUGCAUUACAAUUAUUACGCUGAAAUAAUAAAGAAGUGAAGUACAUAAGAAGAAAAACUUA